GCUGGCAUUUUUUAUUUUUAUUUUGAAAAAUGAAAACAAUUCAUGAAAAAAACGACGUCGUAUCCUUGAAAGAGCUGCCCUAGUGAGUCAAGAAAACUACAUCCCGUCGGUGCUGCACCAGCACCGGUGAAUCCAAUCAAUCGGUACUCCGCUACGCUAGGUUUGUGUUCGUUGACCUCCAAAUCCUCCAGUUCCAAGAUGUUUGGUUUUGGAAGAAUUGUUUCUGAUGUUGCUGUCUGCCUUCGUCAAAACCUAUCGCUUUGCCGCGGUGUGCAAGUACGAAAUAUAAACAUUGGAGGUGGUCUUGGAGGUGAGAUUCCAGAUACCAAGCGACUUUCGUAUGCUCUUCAGCAUAUCCACGGGAUUGGCCGUGCAAAAGCUCAUCACAUUGUGUGUGAACUUGGAGUCGAGAACAAAUAUGUGAAGGAUCUAAGCAAAAGAGAACUAUAUUCUCUUCGUGAAUUGCUUUCCAAGUACUUGAUUGGAAAUGAUUUGAAAAAGUUAGUUGAGAGAGAUUUGAUAAGAUUGGUGGGUAUUCAAUGCUACAGAGGGACCAGGCACGCUGAUGGUUUACCCUGUCGGGGACAGCGAACUCAUACAAAUUCCCGCACUAGGAGGACUAUGCGUACUUACGGGGGUUCAAGAUAAAUGCUGCUCAAGUAACAGAUGAGUUGUGUUACUGCUCUGCUUUGAGCUUAUCAAAUAAGUUUUGUUAAAAAAACUUGAUUACAUUAGUAAAAUCUACACACAUUGAACUUUACAUUAUCAAUUAUCCUUGGCUUGGCAUGCUUAUUGGUUUAUCAUCGCUUUGAAAGGAUACUACUAGUUUUUGGCAUUGA